AUGGUCGACGACAAGAAGCGGAAACCCUCACGGGACUUCCCAGCCCAUGCGCAGGUACCCAUGGGCAAGGUACAUCCAACCGGGAUCUCUUCCAGCAGAAGCCGCGUGGAGCUUGAUACAAGGACUCCAGCAGUACCUCCAAUGCGCGACCCGUUCCGCAUCCUCAAUGAUGACGAGAACGAGGCGUUCGUGUCGAUGAGCAAACGCUCGAUGCGGGCGGAUUCGACCGUGUCCGUGACCUCGAGAUCGUCGAUGCUGUCGCUGGACGACUCGUUCCAGUUUUCCGGUGGGGAUGAGGAUGAAGACGAUGCGUCAAAACUACCCAAGAACCAGCGACCAGCACAGCCAGCCGAUGAACGAGAAUAUUUUGAACGGAUGUGGGCCGAAAACUUCAAGAACUCGGAGGCGCAGGUUAGCGGCACGACAGGAUACUUACCGGUGGGUGCAGCUGGUCGCUUGAACCGCAUCAAAAGCUUCUCGUUGGCGCGGGAUCCCGUAUCGCACAAGUUGUACGCAGUAUUUCGACUCGAGAUCGAGUGCAUCGUGAGUGAAAAGCAGUGGACGAUUUACCGUCGAUUUCAUGACUUUAGACAGCUCGCGCACCAGUUGAAAAACGAAUCGGUACGUGUGUCAGCAGUUCCUACAAAGACGUUGAUGCGCUCGUUGGACCCGAACUUUUUGCGUAAGCGCCAAUUGGAGUUAGACAGGUGGCUGCGAGAAGUGCUGAUGCUCAUUAGUCUCGAGAACUGCAAAAUUGACACAGACCGCUGCACCGAGUGCUGCGGAAACCGCGGCUUCCACGCAAGUGUUCGCCUUAUCCGCCACUUUCUUACACACAAAGCGAACGAGCCGCCAACUUUUGAGGAUGCAUCAUCGUCGUCCUGUUCGCAUGUGGUGUCGAGUUCGUCCAGUGGAUUCUCGUCUUCGAGUUCGAGGCGACCUCCGCUGUUGAGUUCGUCAGAGCGAAACACUGGCUCUGAACCAACGUUUAUCGAGACCAGGGAAGGUAGUAGUAGCAGUGUACGCGGACGAAAAACUCGCGUUGGGUCCGCUGGUCAAGUUGGUGCAAAUUCGCGUGGUGGCAGAGUUCGUGUAGGCUCCGCUGAUAUGGCUAGAUGUCGUGAUGAUGAAAUGCAUAUUGCCUUGGCUGAUGACGGUGGGUUGCAGGCACGCAGUGAGAGACCUCGCGGGAAAUCGUCACCAAUAGACCCGAUGGGCAACUAUCAAAAAGCACCGCUGAACGCCCUCACAUCACCUGAAGAGCGGCGGAGCGUGGUCCUUCAGGAUGUUGACGACGAUAAUGAAGAGCUUGAACUGGAAAAUAGCUUCAGGCGGCGAAGUAAUAAGGUGUCGCUGAAGGAGUUUGACGUGCUGAGAAUGAUUGGAAAGGGAUCAUUUGGUAAGGUGCUGCUAGUCCGGAAGAAGCACACGUCAGAGUUGUUUGCUGUGAAGAUAUUGAGGAAGCAGGCGAUCGUGAAGAAGCAGCAAGUGGAACAUACAAGGACUGAGCGUCGCGUUCUAGCUUCAAUAUCGCACCCGUUUGUUGUAUGUUUGCACUAUGCCUUCCAAACGAAAGACAAGUUGUAUUUCGUGCUCGAUUACUGUCCAGGCGGGGACUUGUUCUUCCACCUAAGUCGAUGCGGAUGCUUCCCUGAGGCUAUGGCGAAGUUUUACGCUGCCGAAAUCGUUCUGGCGCUGAUUCAUUUGCACGAGCAGGGGAUCGUGUAUCGAGACCUCAAACCGGAAAACAUUAUGCUGGAUGUGGAUGGUCAUGUGAAACUUGCUGAUUUCGGGCUCGCCAAAGAAGGGAUCAAUAACGAACUCAGUGGGACGUACACCAUGUGCGGUACACCCGAGUACUUGCCGCCCGAGAUUCUCAAUCGUGUUGGCCAUGGUACAGCUGUGGACUGGUGGAAUUUGGGUAUGGUGCUUUACGAGAUGCUGACUGGGCGGCCACCGUGGUAUACACAAGACCGACAGGAGCUGUUUCACCGCCUUCGUGGUGCGGAGCUCCAGUUUCCACAGGGAUUAACUACGGAGGCUAUGAAUCUGAUCGAAGGUCUGCUCACUCGUGAUCCAGCGAAGCGUCUCGGUGCUAUUGAUGUCCGUGAGAUCACCUACCACCCUUUCUUUGCAGACAUUGACUGGAGUUUGCUGUACAACCGCCAGGUGCAGCCGCUGUAUUGCCCGUGCCAGUACACGGACCCGAUCGAUGCGGCCAACUUUGAGGAGGAAUUUACAAAGCUACCGCUUGCACAAAUUGACAGUGCAGGUCUUAGUGUACCAACCGAUAAUGGGCACGAAAAGAACGGUGAUGGCAGAGAUUCGUUUACGGACCUGGCAAACUACGCGACUACUGCUGCCGCACCAGCAGAAACUAGAGCAAGUAUGUGUAACGGCGCCGCUUAUAGUACUGGCAUGAGCACUGAGCGCAACAGCACGCUACGCAACCUCUCGUACACGUUUGCUGGCUUCACGUACGACGGUACCAACUCUUCCCUCGAGCAGCCAAACAAUAUCACACCUGACGGUGUACAGUGA